ACCAAUUUAGCGCAUUCAGUGUGUCGCUCUGGCCGUCAGCUCCUUGUUUUGGAAGCGUUCCGUCCCCCUCACCUGGAUUACAUUCAAUGAUCUGAGAUACCUGCGUACCGUUUUAUCAUGUAAAUAUUUAUUUUCGGAUCAUAGACUCGCCUUUAUACAUUUUCCCCCAACUGGAAGAACGCUAUUUUAUUCUAAGUAGCCCGCAAUGCCAGAUUCGACAAUGAGCAAAAACGGAAUGGUGACAACAGUCCACUGCAGGAUCAGAACCGAGCCGUUCACUUCCAACUACGACCUGGUCGGCAGAGAGCUGGGCAGGGGAAAGUUUGCGGUGGUGAAAAAGUGCAUCGAGAAGGCAACAGGAAAGGAGCAUGCCGCCAAGUUCCUGCGAAAGCGUCGAAAGGGCGAGGACUGCCGCAUGGACAUCAUAAAUGAGAUCGCCGUGCUGGAGUCGGCCAAGGCCAACCCCUACGUGGUGGCACUGCACGAGGUCUAUGAGACCAACUCUGAGAUCAUCCUCGUUCUGGAGUGCGCUGCCGGUGGAGAAAUCUUCAACCAGUGUGUUGCCGAUAAUGACGAGGCCUUCACAGAGACGGACGUGGUCAGGCUGGCCAGGCAGAUCCUGACUGGUGUGGCCUGCCUGCACCGUAAUAAUGUGGUGCACCUGGACUUAAAACCCCAGAACAUCUUGCUGACCAGUGCCAGGCCUCUGGGGGACAUUCGUAUCGUGGACUUUGGCUUGUCCAGAAGCAUGGACAAUGUCACAGAGGUCAGGGAGAUCCUGGGCACCCCAGAGUAUGUGGCUCCAGAGAUCCUGAACUAUGAACCCAUCAGCACUGCAACAGACAUGUGGAGUAUCGGCGUGCUGAUCUACGUCAUGCUGACCAGCGAGUCUCCCUUCCUGGGCGACAACAAGCAGGAGACGUUCCUCAACAUCUCCCAGGGCCACGUGGACUACUCGCAGGACGUCUUCGAGGGCGUCUCGUCCCAAGCUGUCGACCUCAUCAAGUCCCUGCUGAUCAAAAACCCCAGGAAGAGAGCCACGGCAGAAGAGUGCCUCAACCACCCCUGGCUGAACUCACUCCCCCAUCCCCGCUCACACCCCCACCUCCACGCCCGGCCCGCCUCCUCACUGGACGAGCCGGAGACCAGCCAAUCGGAGUCAGAGCCCGAGAGCCCCGCGCCCUCCCUGGAGCUGGACUUGAUUGGCUCUUACCUCUCGUGCCCCAGCAAGGGCGAUCUGAAGAUGGGCCGGGAUGCAUUCUCCUUCGGUGAUCCGCCGUUCCUCACGUGCUCGGAGAUCCAGCAGGGGCUCAUCUGCUAAAGCGGUGCCAUCCACAAGGUUUAAAGCACUAACCCUACUGAACUUUGACGCCCCCCCCCCGUCCUGGAAAAGACAUAGAGUCAGUGGGGCUGUUGCUCAACGUAGGGCUGUGCCACGUUGGGAUGCUGUGUGUGUGCGUUGUGCGUGAGUGUGUGUGUGCGUGCGCAUCUGUGUGUGCGCCGUUUGUUGCUGCUACUGCUGUAACCGCCAUGAUGUACUGUUGGCUAAGCAUUGUGUAGGUGGGGGGUUCGUGCUACCCUGAGCUGAUGGCCGUGGUUAAGCUUGGAGCAGUGUGCGAUGAAUAAAUAGGUAGUGGGGAUGGAGCUGUUGGGACAGUUUCACUUCCUUUCCCCGGGACGCCAAAGCCACCCACCGUACAGAAGUCCUUCUUAAACUGAACCACCUGCAGGGGCGGUGCUGUGUUGUUGGUGGGCUCAUCCCACCUUUGCCGCCUGGAGCCGCUCUGUGUCCCCCCCCCCUCCCAUCCCCAAACAUCUUUCCUGACCGUGGUUUUCAGAGGGGAUGUUUUUCCUCCAGGGAAAUACUGACUUCCUCUCUACAUGCCUCCUAUGAGUUCCCUUUGUCGUGCUGAUGACUAACCGGAGGCACAGGGUCCAAACAGAUGGUCCAAACAGAUCGUCCUUACACAGCCAAGGACUUCGGGUCUAUUAAGACAGAGUGCCUAUCGUCUCAUGUGAUUAUUUAUAUUUGUACCGCCUCCCAUUUAUUGAGUAUACAAGAACACAUCACUGCCCACGUUUUAGUUCUCAAACGGUAGUGUUGUGUUUUGUUCACAAUCUCAAGCACUUUUUUCGAGAAAUGAAAAUCCCCAUCCUGCCAUGUAAGAGUUGGAAAACCAAGGGCUCUGAAAUCACAGCCGAAGUCCGGCUGAGGCGCAUGAUGUACAUACGAACCACUGUUCACCAUCUGUUGUUACCACAUGACUCUUUUCCACAAAGUGCCACUUUUAGUAUAACCACAUUUUCGGUUUUUUUUUUUGUUGUUUUUUUUUGUGUGUGUACUUUUUACAAUUUAUUUUUGCUAUUGCACACGUUGCACAAAUGUAACUCGGACAUUUAUAUGUUUAUUGUGAGGUUGCCAUUUUGGAUAAGCCACAGUAAAUUUCCUGCUCUUCAAAUGUCGUGGGAAUAAAGAAAAUUAAAAAAAAACUAUGCGGGGACAGAGGUGGUGGCGAGGUGUAGAUAAAUGUCAACGUCACUUGAUUUGUUUUUGGGGAUGACUGUUAUGAAGGUAUGGUGAGAGACCUUACUAUGGAUAAGAGGCCGUGAGAGACGAGACGAUGAGGGAGAAGAGAAAUAACUCUUGUGAAGAAUAUCUAGAAAAGUACUGAAAUGUCUAUUGUGUACUGGUGUCAAAAUUAAUCAGUAAAAUAUUAUUUGAUAUGUUUUUGAUCAAUGCUUGAAUGUUUAAAAUGUCUUUUUGUACCUUAAUUUUGAAUCCCAUUCCUGGUUUCUGUUCCUGAAUUUCAGGCAGGUUUGCACUUGUCCUUUCUGGACGUUACAUUAAAAUGAAUAAAUAUUGAUGGCAUGUGUUGCAAAAUGUAUCUUAAGGAAAAUACACGUACAUUUUGUAUCAAA